AUGCAGGGCCCUUUUUAAGAGUAGGAAGCUCUAGCUGACAUUUUUGAUUAAGUAAAAGGUGUAGAUCAAAAAAUCUUUGGUGUCAUAUUAUAAAUAUUUCGAAAAGAAAAAGUUUAAGAUUGCUUAGGACAUCUUUCAAAUAAUGGGAUUUAAAUACAUUUAGAAUAAUAAAUUAUUCAAGGAAAGAACUUAACUAAGGUUGAGAAUGAAUAGAAAUUGUCUGUUAUUAGAAGUGACAUGAAAAUAAUUAGGGAUGUCUUAAAAAAAAUAAAAGAUCAUGAUUUCAAUAAGUUAGACUAUUCAAAUGAAGAAUAUAAAGAAUCUGUAAAGGAUCUAAUUAUAGGAAUAAAAUAUGAUAUAAAGAUCAUAAAAUUUUUAUAAUUUUUAGUUAACCUCACAUCUAUAGAUAAUACUUUAAUAGAAUGUGGGUCUAAUUCAUUACAUAUAUUAGUUUAGAUGAAGGCAAACCUUAGAAACCAAAAUUUAAAAAAUAUUAAGAUCGAAGAUACUUCUUUAGUAGGAGCUAAGCUUGUUUUGUGUAAUCUUAGGGAAUCCUAAUUUAAUAAUGCUAACAUAAGUCUAAUAUAUUUGUAUGAAGCAUUAUAAUUUAAUUGUAAAUUGGUAAACUUAAGAAUCCAUGAAUUAAAUAAACUAAAUGGUCAUACUAGUUCAGUCAAAUAGAUUUGCUUUUCUCCUGAUGGAAAUAUAUUAGCUUCUGGUAGCGAUGAUAAGUCUAUCCGUCUAUGGGAUGUCAAAACAGGAUAAUAAAAAGCCUAAUUGUAUGGUCAUCGAUAUAAAGUUAACUCAGUAUGUUUCUCUCCUGAUGGCAAUACAUUAGCUUCUGGUAGUAAUGACAACUCUAUCUGUUUAUGGAAUGUUAAGAGUAAAAAAAAAUAUCCAAAUUUGUUGGUUAUAAAUUACCAGUCUACUCAAUCAGAUUCUCUCCUAAUGGAAAUAUUAUAGCAUCUUGUAUUUGGGAUGAGACUAUUCGUUUAUGGGAUGUCAAAACAGGGUUAUUAAAAGUCUAAUUAGAUGGUCAUACUGAUCAUGUCUACUCAGUCUAUUUCUCUCCUGAUGGAAAUACAUUAGCUUCUGGUAGCGAUGAUAACUCUAUCCGUCUAUGGGAUGUCAAAACAGGAUAAUAAAAAGCCUAAUUAGAUGGUCAUGAUGGUUGUGUCAACUCAGUCUGUUUCUCUCCUGAUGGGAAUAAAUUAGCUUCUGGUAGUACUGACAACUCUAUCCGUCUUUGGGAUCUUAACACAGGGUAAUAAAAAGUCUAAUUUAUUGGUCAUACUGGAACUGUCUACUCAGUCUAUUUCUCUCCUGAUGGAAAAACAUUGGCUUCUGGUAGUGAUGAUAACUCUAUCCGUCUAUGGGAUGUUAAAACAGGAUAAUAGAAAGCCAAAUUAGAUGGUCAUACUGGAACUGUCUACUCAGUAUGUUUCUCUCCUGACGGAAAUAAAUUAGCAUCGGGUAGUUACGAUAAGUCUGUCUGCCUAUGGGAUGUCACAACAGCAUUAGAAAUUUUAUUCUAGGAUAAUAGUAAUAACGAAAUUUUGGAAAAUGGCAAUAUUUCCUUGUUAUAAAACAACCCCCCUAUGGGUAUUAAUUAUUUUAUACUAUUUAGUUAACACUAAUAUUUUGGAAAGUACAAUUCAAAAAUGA